AGAAAAGAAAAAAACUUAGAAGAUGAUUUCUCUUUCUGAUGUUCCCUCAACAUCUUCCAUUCUAUCAACAUACACUGCUUUCACUACUUCAGCUUUCCUGAUCAGGACAGUUCUGACUGAGCUCAAAGCAUUGGCCAACCAGUUCUUGCCUGGAGACCUCCUGGAAAAGCUCUCUUCAAAGCUCGGAGGCCUAAUCUGCAACUUCUCCUCCCAAACAAUUUUCGUCAUUGAUGAACAGAACGGCCUUAUCCGAAAUGAAAUCUUCGAAGCCGCUGAAAUCUAUCUCAGAACCAAGCUGAAGCCUGCCGCAGGCAGGCUCAAAAUCUCCCAGGCGUCCAGGGACAAAAGCAUCUCAUUCAUCAUUAGCAGGGAUGAGAAAAUCACUGACACGUUUGGCGGCGCGGAAUUGAUAUGGGAAUUGAAAGUCACUGCCAGUUCUUCUAAAAAAUCCGAGUUUGAUCGCUCUUUUUCAUCGGAGAGUAGUACGGAACGGAAAUCAUUCGAACUCUCCUUCAACAAGAAAUUCAGUGAAAUUGUUAUCAGCAAAUAUAUACCGUUCGUUCUGGAAAGAUCGAAGGUCAUAAAAGAAGAAAACAAACGCGUGAAGCUGAUGGCGAUUGGCAACUAUACAGAUGAGGUUAAUCUGGAGCAUCCGUCCACUUUCGAGACCCUAGCGAUGGAUCCUGAACUGAAGAAGGAAAUCAUCGAAGAUUUGGACAGAUUUGUUAGCCGGAGAGAUUAUUACAGGAGAGUUGGGAAGGCAUGGAAGAGAGGGUACUUAUUGUAUGGACCUCCGGGAACAGGGAAGUCGAGCCUUAUAGCAGCCAUGGCCAACUAUCUGAAAUUCAACAUCUAUGAACUGGAUCUCUCUUGCUUACGGAGCAACUCGGAUCUCCAAGAGCUGCUUCCCACUACUAAAAACAAAUCCAUCCUUGUGGUUGAGGAUAUUGAUUGCAGCAUUGAUUUGCAGAACAGAAAUAAUGGAGAUCACAGCAAGCAGAAUAAUGAUCAAAGUCAUCCUCAGAGAUGACUUCCAAAUUCGACAAGUUGGAGAAAUUCCAAGGAGUUGAUUUCCGUCGCUGGCAAAAGAAGAUGCACUUUCUGUUGACCACACUGAAGGUGGUUUACGUUCUGAGUACGCCUAUGCCAGCGUAUCACGAAGAUGAAACUAUUGAGCAGUCAAGGCGUCGUUCCAAGUGGGAAAACGAUGACUACAUCUGCAGGGGCCAUAUUCUAAACGGUAUGUCUGAUACUUUAUUGGAUAUUUACCAAAACGUGGAGAGUGCGAAGGAAUUGUGGAAUUCACUUGAGUCCAAGUAUAUGGCUGAGGAUGCUUCUAGUAAGAAGUUCCUUGAUAGUGAUUUUUAUCACUAUAAGAUGAUGGACUCAAGGCCUGUUAUGGAACAAUACAAUGAAAUUCUUCGCAUUCUGGGCCAACUCACUCAACAUAAUAUGAAGAUGGAUGAGUGCGUCGCAGUUGCGAUGAUAAUUGAAAAAUUACCACCAACAUGGAAGGAUUACAAGCGUGAUCUGAAACAUGGGAAUGAAGAGUUGUCUCUGUUACAACUCGGUAGUCACAUACAGAUUGAGGAAUCACUCCGCAUUCAAGAAGGUGACAAAAUUAAGGCAAAGCCUGAUGUUGGACAGCCUACUGUCCACAUGGUUGAAGUAAACAAAAACAAUCAAAAUCACAAGGGAAAAGGCAUCAAACGCAAGAAUGAUAGCCGAGACAAACCAAAUAAGAAUCCUAAGGAUCUGGUUUGUUGGAGAUGUCAAAAGACGGGUCAUGUUAAGCGUGAUUGUCGGGUGAAUCUCAAUAAGAACAAAGCUGCAAAUAGUGGUGGAGGAAACAGUGGUGGUGGAAACAGUGGGCCUAAGGACUCUACUGCAUCUAGAGGAGGAUGAUGACCGUACAUGGUGGGUUGACUCGGGUGCCACAAGUCAUAUGUGUAAAGAUCGUCGAUGGUUCGAGAAAUUGACACCAGUUGAUGAUGGUUCCACGGUGAUGAUGGGUGAUAAGUCGAGUCAACCAAUUUGUGGCUUUGGAGUUGUUAGUCUUACGUUUACUUCGGGAAAAACAAUAAAGUUGUCUGAUGUUUUAUUUGUUCCUAGGCUUAGUAAGAACCUUGUUAGUGGUGGUUAUUUAAAUUCUGAUGGCUUUAAGCAAGUCUUUGAAUCGGAUAAAUUUAUUUUAUCUCGAUUUGGCACGUUUGUUGGUUUUGGUUAUUUUACUAAUCGUAUGUUUUGUUUGAAUUUGGUUGAUA